CGCACCACGUCGCUAAGCCUCGUCGCGAUUUCCUAAUCGAUAUACCCUGAUCUCUUACCCGUCUAUUUUGACGGGAAACUUCCCUGUUAAAACCCCGGUCUAAUCGAUACGACGAAGCAUGACGGAUAUCGAACCCAAAUCCGCCGACCUAAUUACACAGAUCCAGUAAAUAUUGGUGGAAAAAGGGCCUGAAAACGGCCUCCAGCCUAUCCUCCUUCCUUUUGGAAGGAAUGAGCGGAGGAUAAGUCGCAACAGGUAAGUGCGAGGGAACGUGUUGCUCGGCGGAUGCGUGCCGCACCUUCUGUGUGAUGUUUGUGAUCGCUAAGAGGAUGGCGUUGGCCCAAUGUGACAGAUCGUUUCGCCCACAUACUGCUAAUACAGACAUGAUGUCUGAUUUGGCCGAAAUGCGAAAAGUGCUGGUACUAUAUACGGGAGGAACUAUAGGAAUGCAGAAGAACCAUAAUGGUGUGUAUGCUCCUGUCCCAGAAGUUUUUGCGAGUAAAGUUAAAACAUGCCAGGAGCUGCACGAUUACGAAUUAGCCAGAAUUUACUCCAUAAGAGACCACGAAUUGAUAACCAAAGCUCUUCAUUGUAAUAAAGUAAUAACAUAUCAAAUCCAAGAGUAUCAACCUCUUCUAGCUUCUAGCAACAUGACUGCAAAAGAGUGGAUUACUAUAGCGGAAACAAUCGAGAAAAACUAUCAUGACUUUGAUGGAUUUGUGAUUUUACAAGGGACUGAUACAAUGGCCUAUACAUCAUCUGUGUUAUCGUUUAUGUUUAAGAACUUGAAUAAACCAAUCAUACUGACAGGGUCUCAGAUUCCUAUUUUUGAAACUCCAAGCGACGCGAAGAACAACUUUUUGUAUUCGUUAGUGUUCGCCAGCUGUUCAGAUAUACCCGAAGUGUGCGUGUUCUUCGCCAACAGACUGUUGCGAGGAAACAGAGUUAAGAAAGUUCACAAUUCGCAAAUAAUAGCCUUCGAAACGCCUAAUUAUCAUAUUCUAGCUGAAACAGGACUGCAUGUAAAAAUGUAUCGAAACUUUAUGCUUCCCAAAAUGGAGAGAGGAAUGUUGUCUGUUUUUACAAAUUUAUGCACUCGCGUUGGUAUUCUACAUAUCUUUCCAACAUUAUCUCGAACGCAGUUACUAUCCUUCCUGGAACCAACCCUGGAAGGGGUGGUUUUAAUAACCUACGGGGUGGGAAACAUCCCUUCCGACAGACAGGACUUGAUCGAUGUUUUGAGGAACGCUGUAGGACGUGGAGUCACCGUGGUGAACGUAACUCAAUGCCUAAGAGGAUCGGUAGCGGUCCUAUACGAAACAGGACAUCGUAUGGAGGAAAUUGGAAUUAUUCCGUGUUACGAUAUAACCGUUGAAGCAGCCUACACUAAACUGAUGGUUAUUUGCGGCAUGGAAAAGAAGUCUGAAGAAAGAGCUGAGCUAAUGAAGCAAGUAAUGAGAGGAGAAAUGACUAUUCAACCAUACUAAUUAAUUCAAAUAAAUCUUAACUUAAAAA